AAUUUUAUCAAGCAGUACCUACUGAUCAAUCAAUGUUACUGUAUUAUCUAGAAUUUUGUUUAUUGAAGUCAUGAAUCCCACAAGAAAAUUUUGUACCAGUUUUGCUCAAGGAUGCAAUCGAACCAGACGAGCCCAGAGUAUAUUGAAGCAAUCUUUGUGUCGAACAAUCACAACAAGUCCUUAUUAUAAACAACAAAUGAAACAGAGUGAAACACAACUUGAAGCUGAACUUCAAUUUAAAGGAAGCAAUUUUGAUUUUCCAUGUCUAAAUAAAAGGUUUGAAGAAGGCCCUGAACCAUCAUAUCAAAAAGUUGUUGACGGGUAUAAACUAUUUCAUCAUGAUGAACCUUUCCAUUUUCUAUACAAUGAUUGCGUAAUACCAGAAUUGAAAAUUGCAUAUGAAACAUGGGGAAAACUAAAUGAAGAUCGUGACAAUGCAGUAUUGAUAUUUACUGGCUUAUCUGCGAGCUCCCAUGCAAAAAGUCAUGAGGAAAAUCCGUCGUCAGGAUGGUGGGAGAAAUUUAUUGGGCCCGGCCUCGCUUUGGACACUAACAAAUUUUUUGUUAUUUGUACAAAUCAGUUAGGCGGAUGCUAUGGAACAACAGGACCAUCUUCUAUAAAUCCAGCUACAGAUAAACGAUACGGAUCAAAUUUUCCAAUGAUCAGUGUUAAAGAUAUGGUAGAAUCAAAUAUCCUACUUCUUGAUGCUUUUGGAAUUACUAAGUUACAUGCUGCAGUUGGAUCAUCACUUGGUGGAAUGUGUUCAUUGGCAUAUGCAGCUUUAUUUCCAGAUAGAUUGAAACGGAUGGUUAGUAUUUCUGCUUGUGCCCAGUCUCGACCUACUUCAAUAGCUUUGAGGUAUCUUCAACGUCGUUGUAUCAUGGAAGAUAAAAACUGGAAUGAAGGACAUUAUUAUGAUGGUGAAUAUCCUUUACAUGGCAUGAAACUGGCAAGGGAAAUAGCAACAUUAACAUACCGCAGUGGUCCUGAAUGGGAGCAAAGGUUUGGGCGUGCAUUACUACCUAAUGCUGAGGUAUCAUUAUGUCCGACAUUCGAAAUAGAACAAUAUGUUGAGUAUCAAGGACUUGCAUUCAGCACAAAGUUUGAUCCUAAUUCAUUGCUAUAUAUUUCAAAAGCAAUGGAUCUUUUCGACCUGAAUGAUUAUUUUCCACAAGAUAGUCCAGGAUUAUCACAUGUUUGUUGUCCAUCAUUGGUUAUGGGGGCCUCAACAGAUUUAUUAUUCCCAGUAUGGCAGCAACGAGAGUUGGCAAACAAACUUACUGAAGCAGGGAAUAAUGCAGUCACAUAUUAUGAAUUAAACUCCAUCUACGGUCAUGAUACAUUCUUACUUGACGUUAACUCUGUUGGGACGGCCGUAAAAGGCUUCCUUGAAACUGAUAUGAAGCCUCCAAGUCAAAUUUGAUGUCAUCAAGAGAAAACUUUAUGGAACAUUCUAUCCUUAAUAUUGCUCUAGGCAAUUAUCCAGAGUACAUUACUAAGCUAUAUUAGUUACAGUGGAGAGCCAUAGCAGGAGCGCCGUCCCGAUUGUUUUUAAAAUAUUUUAUCGCUUUUGCAUUUCUGUUGUUGAAAUAAAAUUAGGUCAUGGGAAAUUCAGUUUCUCUGGUAAACUUAGUUAUUAACUGUACUUAUUUUACAUUGCAACAUACAAACAUUUAGUGGACUCCACCUCCUGGAAAAAUCUUAUUCUCAUGAAUAUUAUUAAGAACAUUGCAGGUUAUUUUUGACUUAAUAAUAACAUUUGUAUCGAAUUGCUUUAAAUAUACUUGAGAUUUUGCACAUAUAUAUUUCAGGUAAUUUUUCAUAUUUUAAUUUGUCUUGACCAAAAUGUCUGUGAACGUCUGAAGACGUGUUAAUAUUAAAAUUUUGAUUUUGGUUAUGGUCGUACAGCAGGUUAUCUGUGAUUUUUUUUUAAAUACUGUCAAUUUUGGAAAUUAUCAAGUCCAGAGGUGAUGUGAGUGAGUUAUCUUAUCUUUACACUUUUUCAAAUAUUGUAAAUUAUCAAGUCCAGAGGUGAUGUGAUGAGUCACUGAUGAAGGCAUCAAAGCUUCAAUUUUACUUUUUUGUUUUAUUAAAAGUAUACUGGUAUUAUUUAUAACCAGGCUAUUUAAACAUAUGUCUUACUUUUCAUCAUCAAUAUCAUUAGAACAAUGUAUGAACAUAUUAUAAGUCACUAUGUAUCUUUAAUGAAGUAUUUGGAAUAGGUGUGCUAUGGUGUCUAGAGCGAGACUUGUAUUUGUUAUUAUAAACAGGUUUACCAAAUAUAUGAAACAAAAACCAGACAGUGUUGAUUAGACAAACCUUGCUUUUUCUGGAAUUUCUUGUCAAAAUCAUAACUGUUCCGACUUAACUGGGGCAUAUGGUAAGCCUGGUUAUAAAGAAGUGUAUUUUCUGAUCUUUAUCAAUCGUGAAUGCAUUAGGAAAUCGCUGGGUGUUCUAUUUGCCAAAUAUUUUUCCCUCGCUACCUGAGGUAUGUUUCUAUUUUUUUGCACACUUAAUACUUCCAUCACUACAAAAAUUUGCUUUGUUAUUGCACACGCUCUGUUUAGGUGUAAUUGUUGAUAUUAAAGUUAUGCUUUACCAGGCUGGAGAUACACUAGAAUUGGUCCUUUUUGUCAGUUUAUCAUUGUGGUAAUGCAGUUUCCAUUUUUAUGUAAUAAUAAUAAUAUAUACUAUAAAAGAAUGUGCGAUUUACCUAUAUCAUGUUUUCUGUGAUUUUAGCAGAAUUCUACCUCUGGUUUAUUGUUGUAUUUCGGAAUAUAAAAUCCAAGCUGAAGUUGAAAA